AUGCUAAACUUUUUGGCGGAAAAAGCGGAGAAGGGAGCGGUGCUCCAGAUGAAAGCCACGUGGCAAGAGUUCAAAGAGACGCGCGGCACGGAUCGCCCCGUGAAGAGCAUGGAGUGCCGGUGAGAUUGACUUGCCUGAUGGAACCACUUUUAAUGAUACAAUCGCACCCAAACUUUGCAGACUUCUUGAACUUGGAUUGAAGUAUUUUGGGUCCAAAUUUCGGACCGAACGGAUUAUCUGAUCCCGAGAUAUGAGGAUCAAAGGCCGAGUUUUCGCAAAAAUUGCGGUCUUCUCGACCUCUGAUCGACAUAUCUCGGGAUCAGGACCCAAAAUACUUUAAUUCAAGUCCAAGAAGCCUGCAAAGAUCGGGCACUCAACUUCACUGAAAUGUAUGUUUCGCACAGAUUCCGACAAGCGAUCGCGCCGAACAUACACUUGAUAAAAGAGUUUGACACGAAAACAAAAGUGAAAAUGUUGUUCGCGUCGAGCACGCCCGUCGACCUGAACUUUCUCGAGGAGAUCAAAAAGAUCGCGUUCGUCGAUGUGGAUCUGGAGGGCCGAAUCAUUCGGUACAAGUCUCUUGAGCCGGAUGGACUGGAAUUAGAGGCGCCCGGCGGACGAUUCCGCGCGCCGCUCGUUCGAUUCAGUGAGGAGGAGGACAGGGAUAUGAUGGAGUUCCUCGUGGAAAAGUGCAAGAGUCGAGUGGAGAAGCAUCGACAGAACUUCACGGAAUUGUGGAAUGACUACGCGAGCACCGGCAGAACCAUCCGACAAACUCAGUGCCUUAUUAAUCGGUCCGUUUUUGUGCUAGACACCGAAUAAUAUUGCAGAAUUUUCAGAUUUCGUCAUAGUUUGGCAGGAAACAUUCAUGAAAGAAACGAUUUGGAUGUGCAGACAAAAGUGCAAAUCCUGUUUGCCACGCGAACUCCUGUGAACGGCGAUUUUUUGGAAGAACUGCGAAGCGAGGCGAGUGUGGAGGUGGACGAAAAGGGACACAUUGUGUGGUACGACGAGCACGCGCCGGGCGGACUGACUCUGUACCCCCUUCCCGGAUCGGACAAUCAUUGCAAGUUCACAUCGAAAGAGGACGAGGAAAUGCUCGCGUACCUGGUCGGAAAGGCGAACACGGCGACGCAGCCGUACAAUCUGACCGAGUUGUGGAAGCAUUACGCGGAGUCGCGAAAAUCUCCCCGACAUCCGAACAGCUUUAGCGGACGGUACUUGAAUUCCCAUUUCAUUCGCAUCGUCCAAUUUAAACAUUUAGAUUCCGAUAUUCGCUGGCGCCGAACAUCCAUAAAAUGAAACAAUUCGAUGUGCAGACGAGAGUUCGACUGAUUUUCGCCUCGAGCACUCCCGUCAACGCGCAGUUUCUGACCGAGCUGCGCGAUAAGGCGGACGUCGAAUUGGGAAAGCUCGGACGGAUUGUGUGGUACAAAGAGUUCAAGGAGGGAGGUCUGGAGUUGAAGGUAAAGGAGCCGGGACGAAAAAGGAAACGAGCGGCGAAAGGGAAGAAGUGCUCUCGUCCGAGACUGACCGCUCUUUUGGACGUCAAAGAGGAACCGGUUUGGGAUGAAGAUGAAGAGGAGAAGAAGCCGGAUCUCACCGAACUCCACAAUGCUCCCAUUUUGAGCCCUGAAAACAUUCCGGACGUGGAGCCGAAUAAAGACGAAAAAGAAAAAGAAGAAGAAGAGCCGCCAGUGAAGAAAAGUGCCACGGAUGAAUAUAAUGAGUUGCUCGCGUACUUGGGCAUCGACAAAGUCGUGAAAAUCGAGGAGCCCGAUGAAUAA